UCCGUCCGUCCGUCCGUCAGUCAAGGGCCUCUUCCUGGAAAGUUGCGCUCCGCUUUCAAAACAAGGACGUUUGGCUUCACGAGCACACGUGAAGCGUAGCCACUCCGAGCCUUAUCCUGUCGUCUGCGCGCCGACCAGCAAAAACACCGACUUCAGUGGCGGGUUUGAUGUGUGUGGAAGGGUGAGUAGCAGCAGCUUGUUGAUGACACCACAUUACAGGUUUUGCCGUCAUGGCGUCGGCGUGGAUGUCGGUGCUUGUCACCUUGGCGGCCGUGAAGGCGGCGCAAUACGGGAAUGACAGGCGACCGUGCGCGAGUAUCCUGGCGUCCAGUUCGGUGGUGACGCUGGGCUCGCCCGUCACCGCCACUUGCGUCAUCGACGACGACUGCCCCGCGCUCGCCGGCCAAGUGGAAUUGCGACUCGACAACCGGGUCCUGUCCGCCGUGGUUCCCGUGUCCGACGGCAGAGCCUACCGAGUGGUGAUCCCCGCUUUCAACCGCAGCCGGGCCACCCUCACCUGUUGCCUCCGGGCGGCGCCAAGUCACGUCAUCGCGGGGCUGGAAAUCCGAGCCGGACAUCCACCCCCAGUGCCACAGAACUUGAGCUGUCAGGCCAAGCUGUCCACCCACGAAAGCCUGACCUGUAAGUGGGAUGCAAGCCCGCCAGAGUCCCACCUGCCCACAAAGUAUACGCUCCACACGUACAUCGGGGAUUUAAAGUGGAACCACACGUAUGAGCUGCCGCCGGGGGUCCGCAGCUAUACCAUCCCUCGCGCCGGCUUCGUCUUCUUCUCGGAAAUGGAAAUAUACGUCAAGGCUGAGAAUCCGCUCGGACAGACGAGCUCGGCGCGCCUGAUUUUGGAACCUGUCAGCUCAGCGAAAUUUGACCCGCCAAGGAUUAUGAAGCUGCAAGCGUGGCGUAUCGGCUGCCUCAGGCUAAUUUGGGACUUUUCCCAGCACCAGAACUGGAUGAAGGAAUUUGUCAGUCUUGAAGCGCGACUCAAGACUGAGGCGAGCAGCUUGUGGACCGAGCGACCGAUUCUGGACCAGAUGACGCCCGAGAGGCACGUGUACCAGCGUGGUCUUCUGCACGGGACAAAGUACCUCGCCCAGAUCCGAGUCCGAUACCAGCAAAGUCCCUGGAGUGACUGGAGCGAUAGCCAGUCCGCAGUCACCCUGGAAACCGCUCCCGCUGGGGCCCUCGACACAUGGAUGAGGGUUACCGGGAAUCUGGUGCCCAACCAACUCAAGAUGCUUUUGUUUUGGAAGCCGUCAGAACGAUUCCGAGCCAACGGUCGAAACGUUUCUUUUGUGGUCUCGGCGCUAAAAACGAGAGGGAAGCUGUGCGCCACGGCCGGGAAUCACUGCACCUUCCACGUUCCCAAGAAAGCCAGGAAAGUGUAUCUUUUCGCUCUGAACGCCGCCGGGAAGUCCACGCCCACGUCGGUCCGAAUCUACCGUCCCUUAGCCGCAGCCGGCGAGGCGAUAUGGGACGUUGGGGCCAUCGCCGUCGGUGACGGGUCCGUGUCGGUCCGAUGGGGAAACCUGGCGUCGCCGAACGUCAUUGAUUACAUUGUGGAAUGGGGACCUCUGUUAAACAGCGACCUAUCUCUUGUUCACUUUGAGACGGCAGCAUGGAAUUCAUCCAGUCUUAACCUCACAGGCAACUUUGAGCCGUACAAGCCCUACGGGAUCUCCGUGUAUCCCAGAUUUAAGAACGGCAUCGGGCCGCCGAGAACUGUUCAUGCCUACUCGCUGCAAAAGGCUCCAUCUGUGGAUCCAAAGCUAAUCAUUAAAAAAACCUGGCAGUACCACGUGGAACUCACCUGGGAUGAAAUACCUUUGGAGCGGCGGAACGGGAUCAUUCAAAGCUACAAAUUGUUUUACUGGGACGAGACGAAAAGGGUACACGUGGCAACGGGAGACCCGGAAGAGCGGAAAGUGGUUCUGACUGGCCUCAGCUCCUUGUCUGUUUACCAUGCCGUGUUGAUGGUUAGCACGCACGGCGGAAGCCGGAACGGCUCCAUCUUUCAGUUUGACAUCAAAGAAAUGGAUCCUGUCUCUUCCAUAAUCAUUGUGGUGGCCACUUGUGCUUGUUUCUGUUUGGUGAUCAUUCUUCUGGUCAAGAUUUGUUCCUCCAAACAUAAGUGGCUGAAGAUGCGUUUUUGGCCCGAUGUUCCUGAUCCUGCAAACAGCAGCAUCAAAAGCUGGACCUCCGAAUCCACCCAGGAUAUCCGAGCUUCGUGGGACUUUGAUGAGCCAAAUCCGAUCUAUCUAUCCCACUUGAGCUUCCUGGAGAUCGCCCAGAAGCCCAACAAGGCAGAAGACGUCACCGCUUGGUUGAACAACGCGGAAGACACCAGCGACCUUGGAGAGUCCAUGUGCGGCUCGCCGUUCAUCCCCGGUUUCACCUCCUCCAACAGCGACUCGGUGCCCUACGCCACCGUCAUCUUCCCCGCCGCGCACUCUCAUGAGUACUUGCGCUCCGAAUCCACGCAGCCCCUCCUACAGUCGGAAGAGUUGCAGAGUCCCAAGUGUUACCAGAACAUAGCCGCGUCCGAAGACCCGCAGGUCUUUUUUGGACCCAAAGAGGACACCGUCGCAGCCACCAUCCAGUGGGAGGACUUUCCUUUUCUCAAAGCGUUAACCUUGAAUGACACUCAGUGAUUGACAUGACUUUACAGGGGGGCAAUAUAAAAAAGCCUUUCUAUUGAGUUUCGAAAUCAAAUGAAGAUCGUUUUGAUUAUUUGUAUCAUUCAACUUUUUCAAGGUAAUAAAGUUUGGUCUUUUUUAAUGAAGAAAUG